AUGUCGUCGUCCUCGCACAGCAUGGGCAACCGCAACAGCACGCCCGAUGCCUCGAGCUCCACUCUGCGCCCGCCAUCCUCUCGCGGCAUGAACCCCGGCCACCACCUGCGCGCCUCGGCCGACAUGGGCGCCUUCUCCACCUCGUCCCCCCUGGCAUCACGCGGCAUCCGACCCGCCAGCGAGGUCUACUUCAGCGGUGUUGGUCUCGGUAGCCAGGACGACGCUGCUGACAAGGCUGCUCAGCAAUGGAUCGCCGACAUCGACCAGUACGAGACAACCCUCGAGGACAUGGCUGCCGCUACGUUGGAUCAAGAUUUCAAGGAUGAGCUCAGUGCUAUUGAGCAGUGGUUCCGCGUGCUCAGCGAGCCCGAGCGCACUGCUGCUCUCUACGCCUUGCUGCAGCAGACAACCCAGGUGCAGAUUCGUUUCUUCAUUCAAGUCCUGCAGCAGAUGGCCAAGAGCCACCCUAUGUCGGGUGUUUUGUCUCCUGCCAACUUCGGCGAGAAGGGCACGAGAUCAUCUUUCGGUUUUGGUGCUAAGCCCCCACCAUCACCAGGGGCUAAGCGCAACUCUGGCCUCGACCCAAGCACCAUCAACUCCCUCUUCCCCGAUGCCGCUGCCGCUAUUGCAAAGCAAAAGGCCGAUUUCAAGGAACACACUGGCAACACCCCUACCUCCAGCCGCGUUGGUGACCGCUCCUCCCUCCUCUUCGACGACAAGAAAGAUGCCCCUGUGCCGCUCUCUCCGUCACCCUGGAACAACAGCCGCAAUGAGAACCAGCCUCCCAUCACCAGACCCCGCUCAUCGCAGGGCCAACAACCCAUGGGCCAGUUCAGCCAGCCUAUCCGCUCGCCCCGCCCAUUCCAACUGUCGGGUGACACCAACCUGCAAAACACUACUGUUUCUGCACCCAACCAGGACCCUGCUAUGAACAUUCUCUCGCCUUACAACCCCAACAACAGCUGGGCUUCAAUGGUCAACACCCCCAUGAUUCCUAACUUCAACACUCAGCAGCAGAGUGCCGCGCACGCUGACAUGGUUGCUAAUGCCACUGCCAUGAAGCUGGCCGCCCUCUCUACUGUCAACAACCGUAUCCAGCUUGACGAUGUCAAGAAGUUCCGCCGCGCACGCUCUAACGAGGGUCAACCUCAGUACCAGCAACAGCAACAGCAGAACAUGAACAUCCUUAUGACCAACGAACUCGGUCAGGUCCUGACUCCCCAACAGGCUGCUGCUCUGCAAGCUCAGCAGCUCGCUGCCCUUCAGCAGCAGGGUGGCCGCUCUCGUCCAAGCUCUCCUGGCAUUGCAAUCUCCGGCCCUCCUGGUUCUAACAUGAACCAUCUUCCCAUGACUCAAAACAACGGUUUCCUUUCUACUUAUGAUGCUGGUAUGCUGAAUGCAAACAUGGGCGCUCUCAAUAUGGGUAACUUCGGCAUGGGCGGUCAUGAAGGUUAUCUUUCCGACCACUCUGAAGCUCGUGGCAGAUCACCUCGUGGUAGACGCGGCAGCUCCAAGCCCCCAGAGGACCCAACCGAUCUCCAGCUCUUGAGUGACAUUCCUAGCUGGCUGCGUAGUUUGAGGCUGCACAAGUACACGGAUCAACUCAAGGACAUGCGCUGGCAAGAUCUUGUUCAGCUUGAUGACGAUGCUCUCGACAAGAAGGGUGUGAAUGCUCUCGGUGCUAGACGAAAGCUCCUCAAGACAGUCAGAGAAGCCCAAGCUGAAGGCAAGCUGUAG